AAAAGAGUCUGGUGACAGCGUAGUAGGCUGCUCCAGUCAACGCGUUCGUCAACGCUACAAGUUGGGCGUUGGGAAAGAGGAAGCUUUGCACCCGGGGUGUCGUUCCGGGGGACCAUGAAUCUAGACGCGACACUCGACACGGCGGAGGAGAUCCGGUUUCUGAGCAAGGUGAGCGGUCUGGUGAAGCGGUUGGCCCGCUCGACCCACUUCACCCACCAGGAGCUGGAGGUGGUGCUGCUGGUGUACUACAAGAUACUGAAGAACGAUCCGGACGCGGCAGGAGGGCAAAUCUCGCGCCAGCAGCUCACGACCGUGUUCGAUACGGCGUUCGGCAUUACGGAUAUGGCGGUGAUACGGCGCAUCUACGCCGCGCUGGACGGGGGAAACAGUGCGCACGUGUCGAUGGAAACGUGGGCCCGGAUGGUGUCGCUGUACGUGCGCGGUACGCUCGAGGAGAAGAUCCAGUACUGCUACCGGGUGUAUGACAUCCAGCGCGAGGGCAUGAUCCGGCGCGACUUCCUGAUGGUGCUGAUGAGGGGCUGCGUCCGGCAGGAGGAAGGCGUCGAUGAGGCGGUGAAGGAUCUGGUCGACAUCUUGAUGACGCGGCUGGACCUGGAUCGGGACGGGGCGAUUUCGUUCGAGGACUAUCGGAAGAGUGUGCUGGGCACGCCGCUGUUGUUGGAAUGUCUCGGCCAGGCCCUGCCGGAUCGGAUUCACGUGGAAGCGUUCGCCACGACGUUUCUGGUUAUGUAGGGAGAAACGUUAGUUUGAUGAGUAAACAUGCUGGUGAGGAUUACUUUGAGCAUGAACAUUCCGGAAUAUUGAACAUUAAAUCUAUUGAGAGCAGCAAGUGAAAUAAAGAAAUAAGCAUUUAUUUUGAAGAGGGGAUAGAAAGAUGUUGAAAGAUAA